UUGACUUACGGUCUAAUCUCCCAAUAAUUCGCAGUGCCAGCUUAGUGAUAGCGGAUGGAGACAUCAUGUUGAUGCUGAUAGUCGCGAGCUUGAGGAUAACUUAUAAGUAUCCAAUGUAACCUCCAAGAAAAUCCCAUCGCUACACCUCAGGCACUCAGUCUUUACAUUCAGUCUUACAAACACAUUCGUCUGCACCUCAAAACUCAUCCUCUUUCGAGAUACCAUUCAAUAUGCGUUCCUCAUCCGUCAUCAUUUUCCUCACAGCUCUGGUCACACCCUUCGUGGCUGCCAAGUUGCACUCUAAUGCCAUCUGCAUCGACAUCUUAUCCGGUGUGUCUGUCUACAACGAGGCUGCAACCAUUGCAUCAUGCGGGAACUACAGAGUGCGAAACACUGGAAACAAGCAAUGGGAUCAGUGCCCGGACUGCGAGAUGAAAGUGAUCGGCAACCUGAAUGUAUGCCACUCUGACGGUUGGCACAUUGGAGGUGACGAGAUCAACUACUACUGCGAGAAGAUCAACAAUGCUGGAGGGUCAUUGGCGAACUCUUAGGUGCACCCCAGUGCGCUCGAUUCGGGUAUAUGAAUGCAGUCAAGACGCGUGUGGACUUGAUGGGAAAUUAGACAUGGACUUAGUGGGGGCUGGUCCGAAUACCAGGGAAUGUGAUACCAAACAGGGCAAGCCAGUGCGCGAUAUCGGGAGUCAAUGUACAUUUCGCAAUUUGCAUAAAUAUUUACAAAACUGGAUGUUGCUUAAGACGACCGAUGAUACCAACUGUAUACGAGGCUGAACAAGGGUGGCUGCGGAAGCACGACACAGGGAAACCAUAACCCAUUUACUUUCUACUGCUUAUCAC